GGUCCUGCGGAGUUGGCGGAGGCUUCUCAGGGGACUGGGGGCUGUUCUGCGUAGAAGCGGGUGGCGGGGAGAGGAGGGGAGGAGAGCUCUUAGUGGGAAGCGGAGCCCGGGGCCUGGGACCCACCGCGUCAGAGCCAGGCAAGUGAACCGGAGCAAACGACUUCCGAUCCAGUCCGAGCUGCUGCGGCUCCCGUUUGGGAUUUGAUUUGCAGCAUCUCCAAGUCUGUACGACAGGAAAAAAAAAAUCCCGCGAAGCACGCCCAGCCCUCCCCCCACCCCGGCACCCCAAUACAAACCCACUCCCUCCCGGGGACACAGCUGGGCGCGUCCACACCCCCGCACCCCCCCCCCCCCACCAUGUUGUGCGGAAGGACUUCCACUCCCCGCCUGUGUCGUUGAUGUCAGACCCCAGGCCAGCCUCCGGGCGCUGCAGUUCUCCCCGCUAAUGCUGAGGCUGCGGCCCCGGCUCUAGCACAGGAACCACCAGCCGCUGCCGCACCCGGCCCCAGCGCCCACCGUCUGCAUGUGCCCGCCGUAGCCGCCUGCCCAACCCGCAGCCCGCGCUCCCCGGAGCGCUGGAGACCACCGCGGGGGGCCCCUUCUGCCCUUGGGAGAAGCGGUCUUGGAGGUAUUGAUUUCAGUGGUUGGAUUUUUUUUUCCCUUGGAUCUAUCAAUUCACAAUUUGAAUUCGGAAGAAAGAAGGAAAUCAUGACGUCCCCAGCCAAAUUUAAAAAGGAUAAGGAGAUCAUAGCAGAGUACGAUACUCAAGUCAAAGAGAUCCGGGCUCAGCUCACAGAGCAGAUGAAGUGCCUGGACCAGCAGUGUGAGCUCCGGGUGCAGCUGCUACAAGACCUGCAGGACUUCUUCCGGAAGAAGGCAGAGAUUGAAAUGGACUAUUCCCGAAACCUGGAGAAGCUGGCUGAGCGCUUUCUGGCCAAGACUCGCAGCACCAAGGACCAGCAAUUUAAGAAGGAUCAGAAUGUUCUUUCUCCAGUCAACUGUUGGAAUCUCCUCUUAAACCAGGUGAAGCGGGAGAGCAGAGACCACACUACCUUGAGUGACAUCUACCUGAAUAAUAUAAUUCCUCGAUUUGUCCAAGUCAGUGAGGACUCAGGAAGACUCUUCAAAAAGAGUAAAGAAGUCGGCCAGCAGCUCCAAGAUGAUUUGAUGAAGGUCCUGAACGAGCUCUACUCGGUGAUGAAGACAUAUCACAUGUACAAUGCCGACAGCAUCAGUGCUCAGAGCAAACUAAAGGAGGCCGAGAAGCAGGAGGAGAAGCAAAUUGGUAAAUCGGUGAAGCAGGAAGACCGGCAAACACCACGUUCCCCUGACUCUACAGCCAAUGUCCGCAUUGAAGAAAAACAUGUUCGGAGGAGCUCAGUGAAAAAGAUUGAGAAGAUGAAGGAGAAGCGCCAAGCCAAGUACACCGAGAAUAAGCUGAAGGCCAUUAAAGCUCGGAAUGAGUACUUACUAGCUCUGGAGGCCACCAAUGCAUCUGUCUUCAAGUACUACAUCCAUGACCUGUCUGACCUUAUUGAUCAGUGUUGUGACCUAGGCUAUCAUGCUAGCCUGAACCGGGCCCUACGCACCUUCCUCUCUGCUGAGUUGAAUCUGGAACAAUCGAAACAUGAGGGUCUUGAUGCCAUCGAGAAUGCAGUAGAAAACCUGGAUGCCACCAGUGACAAGCAGCGCCUCAUGGAGAUGUACAACAAUGUCUUCUGCCCCCCUAUGAAGUUUGAGUUCCAGCCCCACAUGGGAGACAUGGCUUCCCAGCUCUGUGCCCAGCAGCCUGUCCAGAGUGAGUUGGUGCAGAGGUGCCAACAACUGCAGUCUCGCCUAUCCACUCUGAAGAUUGAGAAUGAGGAGGUAAAGAAGACAAUGGAGGCUACCCUACAGACCAUCCAGGACAUUGUAACUGUUGAGGAUUUUGAUGUGUCUGACUGCUUCCAGUACAGCAAUUCCAUGGAAUCUGUCAAGUCAACGGUCUCCGAAACUUUCAUGAGCAAGCCUAGCAUUGCUAAGAGGAGAGCCAACCAGCAAGAGACAGAGCAGUUUUAUUUCACGAAAAUGAAGGAGUACCUGGAGGGCAGGAACCUCAUUACCAAGUUACAAGCCAAGCAUGACCUGUUACAGAAAACUCUGGGAGAAAGUCAGCGGACAGAUUGCAGUCUGGCCAGACGUAGCUCCACCGUGAGGAAACAGGACUCUAGCCAGACAAUUCCUUUGGUGGUAGAAAGCUGCAUCCGGUUUAUCAGCAGACACGGACUACAGCAUGAAGGAAUCUUCCGAGUGUCUGGAUCCCAGGUGGAAGUGAAUGACAUCAAAAAUGCCUUUGAGAGAGGAGAAGACCCCCUGGCUGGGGACCAGAAUGACCAUGACAUGGACUCCAUAGCUGGUGUCCUGAAGCUUUAUUUCCGGGGUCUGGAACACCCACUCUUCCCCAAGGACAUCUUCCAUGACCUGAUGGCCUGCGUCACAAUGGACAACCUGCAGGAGAGAGCACUGCACAUCCGGAAAGUCCUCCUGGUCCUACCCAAAACCACUCUGAUUAUCAUGAGAUACCUCUUUGCCUUCCUUAAUCAUUUAUCACAGUUCAGUGAAGAGAACAUGAUGGACCCCUACAACCUUGCCAUCUGCUUUGGGCCCUCGCUGAUGUCAGUGCCAGAGGGCCACGACCAGGUGUCCUGCCAAGCCCACGUGAACGAGCUGAUCAAAACCAUCAUCAUUCAGCAUGAGAACAUCUUCCCAAAUCCCAGGGAGCUGGAGGGCCCCGUCUACAGCAGAGGAGGAAGCAUGGAAGAUUACUGUGACAGCCCUCAUGGAGAAACUACCUCGGCUGAAGACUCCACCCAGGAUGUGACCACAGAGCACCACACUAGUGAUGAUGAGUGUGAACCCAUUGAGGCCAUUGCCAAGUUUGACUACGUGGGCCGGACAGCCCGAGAGCUGUCAUUCAAGAAGGGGGCAUCUCUGCUGCUUUACCAGCGGGCUUCUGAUGACUGGUGGGAAGGCCGGCACAACGGCAUCGAUGGACUCAUCCCCCAUCAGUACAUCGUGGUCCAAGACACCGAGGACGGUGUCGUGGAGAGGUCCAGCCCCAAGUCUGAGAUUGAGGUCAUUUCUGAGCCACCUGAAGAAAAGGUGACAGCCAGAGCGGGGGCCAGCUGUCCCAGUGGGGGUCAUGUAGCCGAUAUUUAUCUUGCAAACAUCAACAAGCAAAGGAAACGUCCAGAAUCUGGGAGCAUCCGGAAAACCUUUCGGAGUGACAGCCACGGGCUGAGCAGUUCCCUGACUGACUCCUCCUCCCCGGGGGUGGGGCCCAGCUGCCGCCCAUCCUCCCAGCCCAUCAUGAGCCAGAGUCUCCCCAAGGAAGGGCCGGAUAAGUGUUCCAUCAGCGGGCAUGGGAGCCUUAACUCUAUCAGCCGCCAUUCAUCCCUAAAGAACCGGCUGGACAGUCCACAGAUCCGGAAGACUGCCACCGCAGGGAGGUCAAAAAGCUUCAAUAACCAUCGGCCCAUGGACCCUGAGGUCAUUGCACAGGAUAUUGAAGCAACAAUGAACUCUGCCCUGAACGAGCUGCGGGAGUUAGAACGGCAGAGCAGUGUCAAGCACACUCCUGAUGUGGUUCUGGACACCUUGGAGCCCCUCAAAACCUCCCCAGUGGUAGCCCCCACAUCGGAGCCCUCCAGCCCUCUGCACACCCAGCUCCUCAAGGACCCCGAGCCCGCUUUCCAGCGCAGUGCCAGUACUGCUGGGGACAUAGCCUGCGCCUUCCGGCCUGUCAAGUCUGUCAAGAUGGCUGCCCCAGUCAAACCACCAGCCACACGGCCUAAGCCCACUGUCUUCCCCAAAACAAAUGCCACUAGCCCUGGUGUCAAUUCCUCCGCUUCCCCACAGUCCACUGACAAGUCCUGUACUGUCUGAGGGUGUAAUUUAAUUGUUCUAGACAAGGGGAUUGUAGGGACUGACUGUUAUUAAAAUCUUCCUGUUUAACUAGGUUGAGGACUUCAGUGGAAAGUUAGACUCUAAGUUGCCCUUGCAGGAAUUAGCCUCCCCAUCACCCAGAACCUUGAGAAUGAAGCCCUUGGUACCACCUUUCCCUUCCUCUCCUUUCCCUUCCCUUCCCAUGGCCCUCUGCUUCCCCCCAGUCAUUGUAACGCAGCCAGCUGCAGUACAUACCGUUCAUGCUUAGGUUAGUCAGAGAUAGUUUUCAUUAUCAGGUCACUGUGAAAUCUGGCAAGGCAAGUCAUGAGAGGUGGGCUGGAGUCUCACAGCCACCUCAGACCAUGGGGGUACCUUGACCAGAUGGCUGGCUGCUGCCACCUGGUUCUCAGUGGCGUCUUGUUUUGAGUACUGGUUAUAGAGAAUCAUAUACAGUCCAUUCUUCGUUUUAAACACACACACAAACACACCUUUCUAGUCUGGCAUGUAUACCCUCUCCUGGUCAUAGACCAGUCUCUUUGUAAGUUAUUGUGGCUUUUUACAAAGAGCCACCAGGGGUCUCUGUUUCCGUUACAAAGUGUUCUGACUGGGCCAGAGAACCUAGCUUCUGAAAUCUCUUCAUCGUAUGAAAUGUGGCAGGAUGCAACAGUCCUGUGAUGUGGGGUGGGGGUGGGGCUCUUCUCUCUGUUUUCUCUAUUGCUGUGAGUCAGUCACUGGUGUUUCCUUUCCCCUGCUCCAUCCUGUAGAAGUACACCCCAGUCUUAGAAAGGAGCUUUGAAAGUUUUUUCUGAAUGUAUAGACAUUUCCCGGGUUCCUCUCUUUGUCUCUGAUGGACUAUUUUCCAUUGAAGACAUUUUCCUGAAUAAUACAGCUUUAUAGCUGGUUCCUUUUAGAGUAAAGAGUCUUAAGAAAGUUUUAUUGUGUUUAUGGCAGGUUUGAAAAAAAAAAAAAAAAAGGUAAGAUGAUGGGUCCUACUUCCUCCCAUCCUUUUUUAGGCGGAGGCGGGGGAGGUAGGGGAGGAAACUGAAAACAAAAUUAACUAUUAAAAAUUAAACUCAGCUUUGCUAAUCCAAAAUUGUUCCCAAUGGAAAACUUUUAAAUUCACCCAUUGGUUGGAUGUAUGUAUACAAACACACACACACACAUAC